ACGAAAGGGGGCGCGCGCCAGUCGGGUUCUGGGGGCCGCGAAUGGUGAGGGCGUCGCGGCCGUUGGUAAUGAGUGAAAGUGAGGAUGACUGGCUCUCUCUUAUGCCCACUGAACCCUUGCAAUCUCAGUGCUGUGGCAGUGGCUGCAAACCGUGUGUCUAUGAUGUGUAUCAGAAGGAGCUAGCCCAGUGGGAAGAAGCCAAAGCAAAGAAAGACAGAAGCCUCCUGACCAAACAGAAGGAGGAGAGUAGUAGUUCAGAAUUAAAUCCAGAUACAUUUACUGCUUUCAAGAUAAGCUCUGUGGAACAGCUAACAGAGGACACCUACCAGUAUAAAUUUGAGCUGCCAGGAAAUAGCAGCCUGGGAUUGAGUUUAGGACAACAUAUUGUGUUAAGAGGGAUGGUGAAUGGUUUGGAGGUUCAGAGAGCUUAUACUCCAGUUAGCCCUGUAAACGCUGAAGGAUACUUUGAAGUUUUAAUAAAAUGCUACAAGGCUGGGCUAAUGUCACAAUAUAUAAAAUCCUGGAUUGAAGGAGACACAGUCUUUUGGCGAGGGCCAUUUGGAGGCUUCCCAUAUAGCCCUAAUCAGUAUGGAGAACUUCUUAUGCUUGCCUCUGGAACUGGCAUAGCACCAAUGCUCCCCAUUCUCCAGUACAUAACAGAAAAUGAAGAUGAUGAAACCUUUAUAACCCUGGUUGGUUGCUUCCAGACUUUUGAAAAUAUUUACUUGAAACCUCUUCUCCAAGAUCAGUCUCGAUACUGGAACGUCAGAACAUGUUACGUCCUUAGCCAGGAAUCUUCCCUGGAAAAACUUCCUUGGAGCUAUCAAGAAAACACACACACUGGCCAUAUAACUGAGAACUUGAUUAAGAAAAUGAUAAAUUCCUGUAGAAGAAAGCCAUUUGUGCUGAUUUGUGGCUCGGUAGCAUUUAAUGAAGAUAUGACUAGAUGUCUGAAAGCCAUAGGACUCAAAGAGGAUUCCUAUUUUGUAUUUUAGCAGUGUGUUCCAGACCGGCUUCCUCUGAAAAGAAAUGCAGACCAAGCAUGCACCUGUUUGCUGUUUCCUAUGCAAACAUCAAUUUGAACUUGUCCUUUGACCUGUUUGGGUUUCUCGUGCAUAUAUUUUCAUAUGCUUUUGUAUAAAAUAUUGUAUACAGUGUCUUUAAGAUAAUUCUUAAUAUAUUAUUUUAAAAAUCCCUAUAGGCUAGCUGACAAUAACGUGGCACAGCUAGGAAAGAGGAGAAUGAAGGUGGAAGCAGUAACUCAGAAUUUCAUGAAAGAGACAUUUAGCAUUACUUUUAUCUCAUUUUUUUGUGUCAUCACUUUCAUUUUGUAAUUAAAAAGGAGAAGGUAAGUAACUGCUCUGAUCUGUGCAUCGUUGUCACGGUACUAACACCCUGAAAGCCAUUUGGGUCUACCAUGUCACUGCACUAUUGGGAACUCUUAAUCCA